AUGUCGGCUAUUCCGCCAUCACCACCACCACCUACGGCGGCGGCGCUGCCGCCAUCAGAGACGGAGCUCGACCGUCGACCGUCCGUCCCCCCCAGCGAGGGAUUCAGCGCCGACAGCGAGAGGACAGUCGCCGACACGCCCGAGCUAGACGAGAAGAAGCUAAGACUGUCGAGCGAUGAACUUUCGGACGUGCCCGAGAAGCCUCGCCCAUCUCCAUCUCCAACUCACUCCCAUUCCCACUCUGUCUCUCAACUGUCCCGCGGCACCCCCAACGCUCACACCUCCAACACCAACGCCGCGCUCCCCGCCAACUCGGCUCCCGCCGAGUCGAACGCCUCGCACGCUUCGCACGCCGACUCGACAAUAGGCAAGAACGAGGGAUGGCGGAUAGGCAAGAAAGACGGCAAGAAGCACAAGGAGAGCAAGAAGGACGACGUCGAGGCGCAACGCGCGCCCGAUAUCUAUGACCGGUUCCCGCCCCGGAAGAAGAAGCUCAUCGUUGCUAUUGUCGCCUACAGCGCUUUCCUUGGACCGCUCACUGCGCUCACUCCAAAAGCUCCACUCGCUUCGCUCGUGCUCGCUCGUGUCGCUAACAUCGCAGCAAUGAUGUCCUCCGCCUUCCUGCCCAGUAUCACGCAAAUGUCCUACGACCUGAACACGACCCCGGAAAUGAUCAACUACACCGUCGCCAUCUUCAUUGUGUCUGUCGGCGUCGCGCCUAUCUUCUGGUCCCCCCUCGCCGGCUUCUACGGCCGCAAGGUUGUCUUUCUUUUGAGUAUGCCCAUCAUGGCCGCGGCGUCGAUCGGUGUGGCCGUGUCGCCGUAUGUCGGUGCGCUGAUCGGCACACGAAUUCUGCAAGGAAUAGGCAGUAGUUCGGUGCUGAGCGUGGGCGCGGGCACUGUCGGCGACAUCUACCGCCCGACCGAAAGGGCCAACGCAAUGGCAUGGUUCUACUCUGGCGUCGUGCUUGGCCCCGCGCUGUCUCCCGUCAUCGGCGGCCUGUUCACAGAAUACACGGCCGACACCUGGCGCUCAACGCAGUACUUUCUCUGCGGCUGUUCCGUGCUCGCGAUCGUGCUUGUGCUCCUCUUCUUGCCUGAGACAUCGCACCCGCCCCUGCCCCACCACCGCCUCAAAGAAGAGACGGGCAAGAAGUUUGUGUGGUACUGGUUCAACCCCGUCAAAAGUCUGGCAAUGCUCAAGUACUACAACCUCAUCACGACGACCAUCGCCAGCUCCAUGAUCAUGAUCAUGAUCUACUGCACGCUCGUGCCGCUCGGCACGAUCUUCCACGACCGGUACAAUAUCAAGAACGCCGCGGUGAGCGGGUGCAUCUACCUCGCGUCGGGGGGCGGCACGCUCAUCGCCUCGCGCCUGAUCGGACCCUACGCGGACAAGACGGUGAAGCGCUACAUCGUGAAGAGGGGCUACCGCCGCCCUGAAGACAGAUUGCGCGCCGCGAUGCUGGGCACCGCCGUCGUGGCGCCGUGCACGGCGGUGAUCUACGGCUGGCUCAUGUGGGCGGACAAGGGCGGCCUAGCCCCGCUCAUAGUGUUGCUGGCCAUAAACGGCGCCGGGUUCCAACUCGCCCUGACGCCCAUCAACGUGUACUUGGUCGACGCGGCGCAGAAACGGUCCGCGGAAGCGCUGGCCGUGAACAAUUUCGCGCGAUACCUGUGCUCAGCUGGCGCAUCCGCCUUUGUGCUCCCGAUGAUGAAUCGGAUCGGCCCCGGAUGGACCAUGACGGUCGCCGCGGGCCUGACGUGGCUUGGCGCAGGCUGUAUCCUGCUCACGAUCAAGUGGGGCGAGAAGUGGCGCGAGAAUGCGGCCCGCCGCAGUGGGAAGAACAUGGACGGCACGCCGUUCGUGCCCCGCGACAUUGCGGUGGGGGACAAGGGCGGAAACGCGGGCGAAUUGGCGCCAAGCGCGGAUCUGAAGGAGAAGGAGCGCAGGGGAGAGCUCAACGCGGCUCAGGCGGCAGAGAUCGAGGAUCCCGACGAGGCCGCCAUCGAGGCUGCUGCCGUCGCGGGGCCCAUGGCCGGCGCCGACAUUGCGCGGUAUAUCUCCCACACGUCCGUGAGGUCGGGAUGCUCGCAUACUGGUCUCACUGGGGCGCCGCCGACGUCUUCUGCCUCGCCACAACCUACGGUUGCUACACAGCCCAGUGCCCACAGUGCCCAGCCCAGCCGCAAAUCAUCACGCAAAUCGAAGCACGCGCCCGUGUUUGAUGACGACGAGGAGGAGCACAAAGACGAACUCGAGCAUGGCGAGCCGACACAUCUGCCCCGGAUGGGACAGCCUGUGGCUCGUGCCCUCACUAGAGAGAAGAGUCGGCGGGGUAGUAGGAGUAGCGUCGUCCAUCCCACUGUUGGGGAGGUGCUGGAGCGCACUGUCUCGCUCUCGGGGGCGAGUUUGCAUGGCGGUAGUUAA